AUGUCCAUCGAAGAAGUUAAUUUCACUUCCUGGCAUAAGGAACACGAUUUUGCUAACCUGUCUUGGCCAGCUCUUGACUGUUUGUUAAAGUUCAGUACGAAUUCUUCACCUUUAGAGAAAGGAGAACCAAUACAGUGUAAUGUCACGUGGGACGGCGUAUCAUGCUGGCCUCCAACACCAGCAGGUUUUAAGGCUGAGAUAUCGUGUUUUUCCGAGUUAAAGGGAAUCCGCUAUGACACAUCUCAGAACGCAAGCCGAUUGUGUUAUGAAAAUGGAACGUGGGCAAAUCGAUCCGACUAUUCGAAUUGUAAACAUUUAUUAACUGAGGAUGAAUUCUUAAAGGUACUUUGGGAUGUAAAAGAAGCAACAACUGUGUAUUAUGUCGGCUAUGGAGUGUCGCUUAUUGCACUAUUAGCUGCGCUCAGCAUAUUCCUUUAUUUCAAAGAUCUCCGCUGUCUACGUAACACCAUCCACACCAAUCUUUUUAUUACGUACAUUUUGUUGGAUUUGACGUGGAUAGUGACAGCUAAACUUCAACUUCAAAUCAACCCUACCGUAGCAGGGACCAAGGCGGCUUGUGUUUUGACGAUCUUCUUGACUUACUUAAUGGGCACCAAUUUCUUUUGGAUGUUUGUUGAAGGCCUCUACCUGUACGUUCUGGUGGUGAAAACCUUCUCCAUUGAUAUAUUUAAAAUACAUAGCUACUUGCUUGUCGGCUGGGGUUUACCGGCGAUCGUGCUGCUCAUUUGGGCUCCAGUUAAAGCUUUCUUUUCGCCAUCGUCCACUGAUAAGUUCUUACUCUGUCCGUGGCAAAGCAGAGACAACUAUGACUAUAUAUUCAUAAGCCCGGUCAUCCUUGUUUUAGUGGUAAACAUGUUCUUUCUGGGCCAAAUAAUGUGGGUUUUAAUCACCAAACUGAGAGCUGCUACCACGAUUGAACAUAAGCAGUACCGAAAAGCUGCAAAAGCUCUUCUAGUCCUGAUUCCUCUCCUUGGUGUGACCUAUGUACUGGUCAUUGUUACGCCGACCCAUAGGACAGCUCGUGUGAUUUUCACCUAUGUUCAAGCUACUUUACUCUCGACUCAGGGUCUGUCAGUUUCUAUUUUGUACUGUUUCCUAAAUGGAGAGGUCCAAAAUACGCUCCGUCAACAUCUGCAACGCUGGAAAACUUCUCGUUCCGUGGGAGGGUCUACUCGUUACUCUAUUACAUAUCGGUUCUCGAGCAGUCGAAAGAGCUCUCGUCUUACUUCUUGCGGAAAGGGAGAAAAGUUGGAUUUGAAGGAGGCUAAAAUAGUAACUCCUGAAGACCAAAGAAUCUGUACUACUGGUGCAGGAAAACACUACAGGAACGGUUCUUGUAACCGGGAAGCUGCCCAAAACGAAGUUGUUUAAUCCUUUAAGAAAGAAACUAAAACAUAAACAAGUGAGGAACAAUAUAUUAGGUUCUGAUGUUUGUUUAUAUAGAAAAAAUCAAGUAAACUAAUUUGUCCACUCUUCUAUGUUUUGUUUUGUUUUACUGCCUGAGCUGUUGCCAAGGUAACAAAGCAUAUAUUUCAACCUGAAAAGUAACAUGGUGUGGUAUAUUUAAAAGACAAAUAAUCAGAUGACUUAAAA